AGAAAUGCAUAGAUAGACACACCGAAGAAACAACCUUACCGAAUAGUGCGUUCCACAUCUUCCUUCUCUUUUAUGCCCUAAUUCCCCAAAAAACACCUUUGGUCUUCUCAUCUCUUCCCAGAUCCCGGUAAUUUAAAACAACCAAACUCCUUCGCCUUUUUCCUUCCCUUUCUCAGGAAAAUUAUUUCCCAAUUUUCUCGAGAAAGUUAGGGUUAUCGUGAAAAACAAAUUAGGGAAUUAUGAGUUUUCAGGACAUCGAAGCUGGCCGGCCUUUCGGAUCGAGGCGUGGAGCGAUCAAUGGAAAGCAAGACUCUACGCAAGCGGUGGCGGCCGGAAUAUUCCAGAUCAACACCGCCGUGUCCACUUUUCAGAGGCUCGUCAACACCCUCGGAACCCCCAAAGAUACCCCCGAGCUCCGUGAGAAGCUCCGCAAGACAAGACUACAUAUUGGGCAAUUGGUGAAGGAUACAUCAGCUAAACUUAAGCAAGCUAGUGACAUGGAUCACCAUGCUGAAGUUAAUGCAAGCAAGAAGAUAGCAGAUGCUAAACUUGCAAAAGAUUUUCAAGCUGUGUUGAAAGAGUUUCAGAAGGCACAACGUCUUGCUGCUGAGAGGGAAACAGCUUACACUCCUUUUGUUCCACAAGCAGCUCUUCCUUCCAGCUAUACAGCUAGCGAAAUAGAUGUUGGUUCUGAUAAGACUCCAGAACAGCGUACCCUUCUUGUGGAAUCCAGGAGGCAGGAAGUUUUGUUCUUAGAUAAUGAGAUUUCCUUCAAUGAGGCUAUCAUUGAAGAAAGGGAGCAAGGCAUGCAAGAAAUACAGCAGCAAAUUGGUGAAGUUAAUGAGAUUUUCAAAGAUCUUGCUGUGCUUGUCCAUGAACAAGGAGCCAUGAUUGAUGAUAUUGGCUCGAACGUUGAGAACUCCCACGCAGCGACUGCACAAGCAAAAUCUCAACUUACCAAAGCUUCAAAAACCCAAAGAUCAAAUUCGUCUUUGACAUGCUUGCUUUUGGUGAUAUUUGGCAUUGUGCUUCUCAUCGUGAUCAUUGUUCUUGCGGCUUAGUGAAAGAUUGUCUCUGCAUUCAUUAUGGAGUAAAUGCUGUAUUUACAGAGCAGCAGAUAGCAUCUCCCUUGCUGAUGAUUUCACUUGAGUGGUGUUUUACCGGGUCUCAUGAUUGACUGGAGCUUGUCGCAUCGUAUUUCAGUACAUGAUCUGGAGUAUAUCGUGAUUUUGUUGUGGAGGUGUCUAGUUUUCUUUUUAUGUUGGUUUUUGGGGUUUCAAGGCUGUGUCACGACUUGUGUAAGUUCUCUUGUUUUUUAAUAAAAAAUAUAUAUAUAUAUAUAUAUAUCAAUUCUUUGUUUUUCCUUGUAAAUGCAACUCUAAAAUUGUCAGUGCUGAUUCUUCUUCAGCAAUAACUUGAUUCAGGAUUAUCUUUUUUCUUUUUAGUGGUGUUCUUUUCCAAAAUUGGAAGCUACUGGUUUGUUUGGGUAGGUCUAAGGUUGUAUAUGGAGAAAAAAAUGGAUGCAUUCGAUGAAUUUAA